AACUGAUCUGGCUCUUCUUCGAAAACGGAAUUUUGAGCUUUUUGCCAUGGCAAAAAGCAUGGUUUCUACAAGCUCUGGCUUGGCCCCAUUACCCACUUCUCGCAAUUCUCUCUCGUCACUCAAAUCAGGUCAAUUGGCUUUUCCAAGCCAUAGGAUUUGUAGUAAGAGACUUAAUUCGACAGGGAGAUGUGAACCUCCUGUUAGAAAGAUUGUUUGUGCCUGUACAGCUCCUCCAAGAAACUGGAACGACGGCUCGGCUAUUCAAUUCAAUGAUACGCCUGUCUCAGAGGUUGAACAUCUGAGCAGAGAGCCUGAGGAUGAUUCCGAUGUCUUGAUUGAGUGUAGAAAUGUUCACAAGUCAUUUGGUGAGAAACAAAUUUUGAAAGGUAUCAGCUUCAAGAUCAGACAUGGGGAAGCUGUUGGAAUAAUUGGUCCAUCUGGCACUGGGAAGUCAACAGUUUUAAAGAUUAUGGCCGGACUUCUUGCUCCUGACGAGGGGGAGGUUCGUAUUAGAGGAAGGAAGAGACAUGGUUUGAUCAGUGAUGAAGAAAUAUCAGGCUUGCGGAUUGGCUUGGUAUUUCAAAGUGCUGCACUUUUUGAUUCUCUAACAGUUCGUGAGAAUGUCGGCUUCCCUCUGUAUGAACACUCCAACAUGCCAGAGGAUCAAAUAGCAGAGCUUGUUACAGAGAAUUUGGCAGCUGUCGGCUUGAAGGGAGUUGAGGACCGAUUACCUUCAGAAUUGUCAGGAGGAAUGAAGAAACGAGUAGCAUUAGCUCGAUCUAUCAUUCUUGACAACUCAAAGGAAGCUGUAGAACCAGAGGUCCUCUUGUAUGAUGAACCAACAGCGGGACUUGACCCAAUUGCUUCAACAGUGGUUGAAGAUCUCAUACGCUCUGUUCACUUAAAAGGUAAAGAUGCUCUUGGGAAGCCAGGCAACAUUACUUCAUAUGUGGUUGUUACUCACCAACACAGCACCAUAAGAAGAGCGGUCGAUAGGUUGAUCUUUCUCUACGAGGGGCAAAUUGUUUGGCAAGGCAUGACCCAUGAAUUCGCAACCUCGUCAAAUCCCAUUGUUAGACAGUUUGCAUCAGGAAGCUUGGAUGGGCCAAUCAAAUACUGAACAUCUCAAUCCAUGUUAAUGAAGCUUGUUGAGGGGUUUGGCCAAGGAAGAGAUUGCCCCGUAAACCCAACAUGGAGGAUGUUUCAGUUAGGAAGUGUAGGGUUGAUGGGGCCUUCAAAUGCCGGUAGUUAUUGGGGCAGAGAUAUGGAGAGAAUCGUCGGUGUGUGUACAAAUCUAUUUACGGGCCCGUGUUUUUGUAUCACAUGCCUUAGAAUGCCUCCCUUGUGGAGCAAUUUAUUGAUAUAUUGCUUCGUUUUAAUUCAUAUAUUACUGGUUACUGUAUAGAGAGAUGAAUCAUUACAUCUCUCGAGCUAAGAGAGAUAUUGCAUGUCUCAUUGAAAAGAAUGAUAACAUUUUGAUCUUAACGAAAUUAAUAUUACAG